GCAACGUCAAUCAGUCGACUCAGCAAGACAGCCCAAUCACCCCGCCCAGAUCUCGCGCGUUUCCUUCCGCCAGCUAAACACCGGCAAUGGCGACCACGGCGGCUGAUGCCACGGCCACGGUGCCCAAGGAGCAGACCACCACCAACGGCGCCGCCAGCGGUGCCGAGCAGGUCACCCGCCACUCCGAGGUCGGCCACAAGAGCCUGCUCCAGAGCGACGCGCUCUACCAGUACAUCCUGGAGACCACCGUGUACCCGCGCGAGCACGAGUGCAUGAAGCAGCUCCGCGAGGACACCGCCAACCACCCAUGGAACCUGAUGACCACGUCGGCGGACGAGGGCCAGUUCCUCAACCUGCUCAUCAAGCUCAUCGGCGCCAAGAAGACCAUGGAGAUCGGCGUCUACACCGGCUACUCCCUCCUCGCCACCGCGCUCGCCAUCCCAGAGGACGGCACGAUCUUGGCCAUGGACAUCAACCGCGAGAACUACGAGACCAUCGGCAAGCCGUGCAUCGAGAAGGCCGGCGUCGCCCACAAGAUCGACUUCCGCGAGGGCCCCGCGCUCCCGGUCCUGGACGCGCUGCUCGACGACGAGGCCAACCACGGCUCCUUCGACUUCGUCUUCGUCGACGCCGACAAGGACAACUACCUCAACUACCACCAGCGCCUCAUGAAGCUCGUCAGGGUCGGCGGACUCAUCGGCUACGACAACACGCUCUGGAACGGAUCCGUCGUGCUCCCCGACGACGCGCCCAUGCGCAAGUACAUCCGCUACUACCGCGACUUCGUCCUCGUGCUCAACAAGGAGCUCGCAGCAGACGACCGCGUCGAGAUCUGCCAGCUCCCCGUCGGCGACGGCAUCACCCUCUGCCGCCGCGCAAAGUGAUUGUCCCAUUGAUGACUCUCGCGCGCCGCCCCCUCUGCUCCGCUCCAUGGAUGCGGACAAGAAUUAAUUAAUUAUUACCCAUUUUGCCGUUCUUGCUUUCUUCUGUAUCUUCUCGGAAACAAAUUGUCCUUUUAUGUACGUAUACAAAUUUAUAUCCAGACAAAUAAUAUAUCUUCCUAUAAAACGAUGACCCGAUAUUUUAUUGUUA